AUGGACUACCAUUCCAAUGGGAAUGGCGUCAAUGGGACGAACGGAACGAGUCGCUUCGCGGCGGAACUUCCAUCGACUCCCACUGGAAACGGUUUUGGAAACGGAGAAGGAUCGAGGUAUGAAAAGAGUGCUAACCGCUUUUACGGAAACGUCUAUGACGGUUCCGCACCGUCCACCCCAAAAUCUUCCUUAACCACGGCUUUCAAAUCCGCAUGUACAAACUCGCCUGUUGUUUCAUUCACCCGUGGUGUGCUUCGUGCUAGUCGCAAGAAGAUUCGCCCACUUUUCACAUCGACGACGACGUCGUCCUACGAAAGUAGUUACUAUCGUGUUCCAAGCCCAUCCCACAACUUCUGGCCAGAUACGACAUUCUUCGGACCAAUUCUCGCAAUGCGACAACCGCCACCAUCGCAAACUCUGGACAUUGUGGAUUUGGACAAAAGCACUUACUGGGAGGCAGCUCCGGCUGAGAUGGUCGAAUUGGCCAACAAAUACAAUUUCACCAUUGACGAAGGAAGCAGUAUCCAGCAGGAAGCUCUCGAGCUCCGCGCGGUUAUUCGCAAGGAUUUGAAAAAGAAGUUGAAAAUUAAAAGUGGAUACAGUCGUAUUAAGUUGAUCACGUCGGAUCGUCGUCAGAGUGAAUUUCUCCGCUUCGAGUUGUCCGACCUUAACGAACAAAUUGCUGAUCUUCAAGAGGAUCUUCAGGCGUUGGAGAUGUAUAACAGUGGUGCUUUUGACGAGGAUGUCAUGUAUCUGGACAACUUGGAAGAUUGUGACGUUGAGAACGGUCCACCAAGCAAACUUCUCGUUCUUCAAUUGGAAUUGGAGAAGGAGCUCAAAGUGAAGAGAGGAUUGGAGCAAUUCUUGCGUGGAGCUCCAGACAAGUCAAAAGUGCACGGAGACUCUCAAAGUCUUCUUGACGACAGCCGCGCCAAGAUUGCAAUGCUUCGUAUGCAAAUUGAUCGUCUUUCUCAAGAAAGUCCAGCUACCGAAGGAGAUCAGAAGUCAAAGGUUGAACUUGCCAUCGAGGAUCUCAUCAUUCGCUACCACAAGGAAAAGUUGAUUAUGGAUGGAUCUCGCAAUAUGAUUCGUAUCCUUCGUUGCCAGAAGAAAUUAGACAACAAGGCUAUUGAGGAAGCUCUCAACAGUCUGAUCAUUGCUUCCGAGAAGUCAGAUCUUAUCAAAUUGGCUCUUCUGAAAUAUGCUGCUAGUCUUCCAAUUGAGCACAAAGAUAGACACAGUCUGAUCGAGGAAAUCAACGCUGGACGCAUUCCAAAGCCACAAUCUGGUAGCCAAGAUCGUAACAGUCCAUCAAGUGAAGAGGGAAGCACCAGCUGUUCGACAGCUCAGUCUCGUCGUUGCAGUUUCAUGCCACACUCGCUUCAGAUCAGUGGUUGUCUUGAGGUCACCAUCAACGGAUGCUCUGGAAUCAUCUCUGGAAGUUUCGAACGCAGAAUCCGAAUGGAUAUUCCAGGAAUGGCCGGAUACACUUCUGUGUUUGGAGUGGAUUCUACUGGAAAGAAGAAGAAAUCUUUCAAGGGACCGACCAGUCCAGAUGAGGUCUUCUGUGUCCUUCGUAUCGAUAAUCGCUACAUUGGAUCGUCUGAGCUCAAGAAGAUCAUCGAUCGCAACUGGGAUCAGAAGUUUGAUGUGGACUUGGAUCGGUCUCGCGAGCUCCAAAUUGAGCUUUUCUACCACGACGAUCGUUCUAUGUGUGGAUUCGCUGCUAUCAAGUUGUCAAACCUCAUUGAAACUUCAACCAAAGUCGGAAUCAUUGUUCCAGUUGAACCACAAGGCAACAUCUUCGUUCAGUUCAAGUACAUGAACCCUGUUGUCAGCCGUAAACCAAAACUGGAACGUCAGAGACGUUUGUUCCGCGUGAAAGAAUCGAAUGACGGAGCACGACAAAAACUCGGCGUCUUUGCAUUCUCUCGUCUCAUCAAGAGCAGAGGAAAUGAGCCAAGCGAGAAGUUCGCCGCUUUCACUGGAUUCACUCCAAUGGCAUCCAUGUCUUCUCAGCAGCAAGCUGGCCCAUCAUCUUCCGGUCCAUCAUCGUCGAUCUCUUCAGUUUCGACUACAAAUCCAUCGACGUCGAACUCGCUUUUCGACAAGGGUUUCAAUCCACGCAAGUCGGCCAAGAAACAACGUGAGGCCAAGGAAGCAGUUCUCGCUUCGUCAGCCGCUGCUGCUGUUAACGCGAAUCUCUACGUCCACCCGCUUACAUCAGUGGUACCGGCACCUAACCGCGAGCGCAGUUUGGUUGUUGAUGACUACCACGCAAUUUGCACACCAGGCCAGUCACAAGCUCCGGUUCCAGCGGCUCGUCAUAUCGACUUCUUCGCUAGCAGUGAUGGUGCUCCAUUAACAGUAGAACAAUUUCGUUUAAUCAGUGUGCUUGGACGUGGUCACUUUGGAAAAGUCAUCUUGUCUCAACACAACCCAACCUCCAACUACUACGCUCUCAAGGUCCUCAAAAAGGGAGACAUCCUUGGAAGAGACGAAGUCGAGUCACUGAUGGUCGAGAAGCGAAUCUUCGAAGUCUCAUCUCGCGCCCGUCAUCCAUUCCUCGUAAACUUGCACGGAUGCUUCCAAACUCCUGAGCACGUUUUCUUUUGCAUGGAGUACAGUAUGGGUGGUGACUUGAUGCGUCACAUUCACGAUGACGUCUUCGAUGAGGUUCGCGGAUGCUUCUACGCAGCUUGUGUCGUGCUUGGCUUGGAUUUCCUCCACCAGCAUAACAUCAUCUACCGUGAUAUCAAGUUGGAUAACUUGCUCUUGGAUCGUGAUGGAUACGUCAAGAUUGCUGACUUUGGGUUGUGCAAGGAAAACAUGGGUCCAUUUGACAAGACAAGCACUUUCUGUGGUACUCCGGAAUUCUUAGCUCCGGAAGUGUUGUCGGAUUCCUCGUACACUCGUGCCAUCGAUUGGUGGGGUCUUGGUGUCCUCAUUUUCGAGAUGCUCGUCGGUGAGCCACCAUUCAGUGGAGACGACGAAGAGGAGAUCUUCGAUUCAAUCAUCUCUGAAGACGUCCGCUAUCCAAGAUAUCUCUCGGUUGAGUCAAUUGCCAUUAUGAGAAGACUGCUUCGCAAAGUCCCAGAAAAACGUCUUGGCUACGGGGAGCGUGACGCAGAAGACAUUAAGGUCCAAAGAUUCUUCCGUCAUAUUUCAUGGGAGUGGGACAAAUUGUUGAGCCGUGAAAUUCGUCCACCAUUCCAGCCACAGAUUCGCAACCCAGAAGAUGUGUCCAACUUCGACCUGGAAUUCACGCAAGAACGUGCUCGCUUCUCGGCUGCUUCCAGCACUCGCCCAAUCACUGAAGCUGAUCAGCGUCUCUUCAAUAACUUUGAUUUCUCCAUUGUCCCAUGA